AUGGCGGAGGGUAUAGGCCCCCCUUUAUUUUCUACUCUUCACCGGGUUAUCUCUUCAUACUUCAAGAACAUUGAGAAGGUUGGGCAAUACUACAAAGGUUAUGUAGACGGGGAAGAUAACUAUAAAAACUUUCUCGAUGAUUUCUCUGCUGUAAGUUCAAAUUCAUUUUGCGUGCGAACUUCAGUAGAGAGAAAAAACUAUCACAGUGAGGAUCAGCUCAAUAAUGCUUCGCAAAAUAGUAAGAAAGAGCAAGGGGAUGAAGAUCAGAGAAAUGCAGCAGCGGAGGGAAUAGGGGGAAAAGCACCGCAGAGAAGGCUAAAUCGUACAGAAGGGGAUCCAGUUUGGCAGAGCACGCGUGGACACAAUCCGAUAGAAUUCUUUGGCAGUCCAUUUAAAGUAGAAUCUAAUGUGCAGCUCGAAUGUACUUACGGACAGAACAGACAUGACAAAAACAAAGAAGAUUCGCCAGAGGAGAGCAUCAAUAAUCAUCCAAGUUGGAAAAAACGACGAAUGAGGCUGCAAGAUUCGCGAAAACUUGGAUGUCCUGCAAAGAUCUUUGUGCGAUCUAUAACAGUGUACCCAGAUUAUGACAUAUCUGAUAAAGCCAAGACUGAAAGUCGCAGACAUUUUGACAGAUUUACAAAGAAGGAGUGGUUGCAGAAGUUGAAGGAAAAUAUCGGAAAUCCUGAUCUUAAAAUUUUUAAACGAUAUUACCUGUGUGUUCCGGACCAAUGCACCCAUACAUCGCACGCUGUUGGUGUUUUUGCCGGGCUGGGCCAACCAAUUAACCAGAAGGUGAAAGAACAAAUUCACAAACUGACAAAUUCAGAUGUAUCCGAUGUCCAGACAAUGAGAGAGCUGCUGAAAGAUUUUAUCUUAAAUGAUAUGUUUGCACACACCAGCAGAAAGCCAGAUGUACUUAACACCGCAUUCUUUCCAAGAGAUAGGUGCAUUGCAAACCACAUGUAUAUAGCUGCCACGAAACAGAAACUUAGCUGUAUGGACCAGGUAAAACGAAAGUUUUCCUUCCGAGCAAGUAAAAUUUGUGAUGGUGGAGAAGACAGGCUUCAAGAAGACUUGAACAGCCCCAAUUGUGACAAUUCAACGGAAAUUAGCAAAUUCAAUCCGCACCAAAUAAAAUCCAGACAAUUUGAACAAAAGCUACUCUACGUCCACCAAGAACCAUGGCAGCAAGACCUGUUGAAAAACUACGGUAAUAACAUAUGCUUGAUGGAUGCAACAUACAAAACAACAAAAUACGCGUUACCUUUCUUCUUUGUCAUCGUAAAUACAAAUGCUGGGUACAAAGUUGCAGCGGAAUUUAUCACUCAAGAAGAAAAUACAGAGUCGGUUGAAGAGGCAUUGCUUGUUUUGAAGAAUUGGAAUCCAAGCUGGAAACCACAAUUCUUCAUGUGUGAUUAUUCCCAAAUUGAAAUAAACGCUAUUGAGUCGGUAUUCUCAGAAUGCGGAACAAAAGUACUGAUAUGUGCUUUUCACAGAGAGCAAGCCUGGGAACGUUGGACGAAACGAAAGGAGUCAACACUAAGUCAUAAAGAAAGGAAAGAGUUACUGGGAUACCUACGACAGUAG